GGUGCCGGGGGAGGAGCCUUCGGAGCCGGAGGCAUUGGAGGAAGCUCGGAGGCAGCCUUAGCCGCCUCCCCCGGAGCCCGGAGACCAGGAACAGAGCCGCUUUCGUCGCGCGUAAAAGUUGCCUCCCUCCCUUUGCGCGCGCGCUGUGCGUAAAGGUCUCCUUUCUUUCUCUCUUCCUUCCUUUCUUUCUUUGGCGCGCCUGCUUGCCUGCCUUCCUCCUCCGCCUUCUUUCUUUCUUUCCUUUCUUCCUUCCUCCUCCUAGGCACGCCAUGAAGGGAGGAAGAGGAGGACGAGGAGGAGGAGGAAGGCGAAGAAGAGGAGGAAGGCACCGGGCCAAAGCCGCCGUUUGAACCCCAGGAAGAGGAGAGGCGAAAGGAGGAGACGAGGAGGAGGAGGAGAGCAUGGCUUCCAAGGAGCGCCUCUACGAGCUCUGGAUGCUCUACUUCGCCAAGAAAGACUUGGCAAAACUGCAGCAAUGGCUGGAAGCGUUCGUUGCAAAUUUUGAGAAGAUCAUUGCGGUGCAUUCGCUGGAACCAAGAAGGCCGGAGGAGUCGGUCUCGGAGAUCCCCCUGCUGCCCCGUGACGUCCUGCAGGUGCUGACCCAACAGCUGGCGCACUGCGUCUCCCAGGUCUCCCGGCAAGAAGUGGCCGAGGCUGGCCUCCACCAGGCCCUCUUGCUGGUCAAGUUCUUCAUCAUCAUUUGCAGGAAUCUAGAAAACGUCCAAGCUGAACGGCCCCCGGUUUUCGUCCACGAAGUGGUCAGCUUGUUGUCGGCUUAUUCAAAAAAGCUGAAAAGCCCUCAGCCUUUGCCUUGCAAGAGUCAGCUGGAGAAAGUAACCUUUUACACGCUGCACCUCUCCGAAUGCCUCUUUGAUCCCUACCAGACCUGGAGGAGACAGCUGAGUGGGGAGAUCGUCAGUAUGAAAGAGAAGAGCAAAUACAAGUUUGCACCGGCCGUGUUGCCCCAGGAGUUCAACUCUUUUUUCCAAGAAUGCUUCAAGGAUGGAGAACAGCUUCCAGAGGCUCUCCAGCUACGGCUGAUCCAUCUCUUCGGAGCCAUCAUCUCCGGAUCCAAGGCCAAUGCCCUGCUGGCGGUGACUCCGUCCUCGGUGGAAGUCCUGAUGCUGGUGCUGCGCAGGUGGUGCUCACCAGGAAGCCUGCCCCCCGCUGGAGACCCCAAUGUGCUGGCACUGACCUUGAAGAGCCUGGUGGGCAUGGUGCACGUCUUGCAUGCUGGCAGCCCCCCUGGGCAGCGCAAGGUGGAGAUCCGCGCCAUCCUGGACAGCUACUUCCAGGUCCUCAACGCUGACCAGCCUGUGGCUGCCAUGCAGGGCUCUCCAGGUGGACGGUGGGAGGAACGGCUCGUUGCCCUCAGGGUCAGCAUGCUAGACGCCAUCCCCGAAAUGUUAAACUGCGACGACCGGCCUGUUUUGCAAGCCAUCUUCCUCAGCAACAACUGCUUUGAGCAUAUCAUCCGACUGAUCCAGAACAGCAAGCUCUACUUGAGUGGGGAGAGCAAGGCUUCUGGGAGCGACCUUGCCAUGCGGCUGCUGAGUGAGGCGGAUGUCCAUCAGGUCUUUGACCACACUUCGGACGCCAUUCCCAUCCACGCCAUCAGAGUCCUGACCUCGAUCAUGAGCGGCUCCCCAUCUGCCAAGGAGGUGUUCAAAGAAAGGAUUGGCUAUUCCCAUCUGUAUGAAGUCCUGAAGAGCCAGAGUCAACCCACAAAGAAGCUGCUGGAGGAGCUCCUCAACAUGGCAGUCGAAGGGGACCAUGGCUCAUUCCCGAUGCGCCCGAUCCACAACGAGCAGCCGCUCCUGAUCCUGAUCCAGUGGAUCCCAGAGCUGCGUUCCCGGGACCUGCAGGUCUUCCUCUCCGAGCGGCUGAAGAAGAUCUGCGAUGCUUCUCUGCGGAGCCGCACCACAUGCGUGGAGGCCGGGAUGGUGGGGGCCCUGCUGAGUGCCCUGUGCACUACUGAGGACGAUCCCCCGGGCGGGAAGUGCACCGAGAACCUACUCCACCUCCUGCGGGUCUUGGGGGGCCUUUCCCUCCGCCCCGGAGAACUACGGCAACUCCUCCGUCUCCUUCAGACCGAGCCAGGGAAAGGGGCACACCCCUACGUCACGCAAGUGGUCCGGGCUCUCUCGGGAAUGGCCCGCAAGGAGGGUCCGGAGCGGGCCCUGCAGUACUUCGACCUCAGCCCCAGCAUGGCGGGCAUCAUGGUGCCGGCCAUCCAGAAGUGGCCCGGAAGCGGGUUCGCCUUCCACGCCUGGGUCUGCCUGGGGGAAGAGGGCAACCGGGGGGACCCACCUGAAGAGGCUCCAAAGCUCAAGCGGAAGCAGCUGUACAGCUUCUUUACGGCCGGCGGGACCGGGUUUGAGGCCUUCUUCACCACCGACGGGAUGCUGGUGGUGGCUGUUUGCACAAAAAAGGAGUAUAUGACGGUCGCCCUUCCAGAGUUUCCUUUCAACGACGCAGCCUGGCAUUGCAUCGACAUUGUCCACAUCACUGGCCGUAGGCCCUUCGGCCAGAACAUUGUGAACAUUUACGUGGAUGGGCAGCUCCGGAAGAUGGCGCAGAUGCGGUUCCCCUCCUUCGGUGAGUCCUUCACGUCUUGCUGCAUCGGUUCCGCCGGGCACCGGACCACCACCACGUCCACGGUCUUCCCCUCGCCGUCCCACUCGCCGGAGCUGGGCUUCCCCUCCCACCCGUCGCUGAGCCGCUCACAGUCCUUCCCAGCCUCCCUGGCACCCCACUCCUGGGCCCCCCUCCCUCCCCAGCCCCCAAAAGAGGGCCUGGUCUCCACGAUGGCCGCCGGGAGCCAGGACACAGAGUGGGGAGUGCCUACCUCCCUGGAGGGGCACUUGGGGCCCGUCUCCAUCUUCUGCGAGUUGCUUCCGCCAGCACAAGUCAAGGCCCUGUACACCUCAGGACCAAAUGUGACGUCGCCUUUUCAGCCAGAAGGGGAGUUUCCAGAACUCAGUAGCAAACUGCUUCUGUAUUACACGCCACAGGCCUGCAAAAGCAACAUCUGCCUGGAUCUUUCUCCGAACCAUUUCUAUGAUGGGAGGCUGACUGGGCAUAAAGUGGUGAACUGGGACGUCAAGGACGUGGUGAACUGCGUGGGUGGGAUGGGAGUCCUUCUCCCACUUCUGGACCAGGUGGCCUCCCAGAAGAAGGAGGCCGAAGACCCCCAAGAGACGCACAACCUGGUGGGGCCGGAGCUGACCUCUUCCCACAACAGCGCCCAGGGCAUGCUCAUCCCGCUGGGGAAGUCUUCAGAGAGCAGGCUGGAGAGGAACGGCGUAGCUGCCUUCCUGCUGUUGGUGAAGAACUUCAUCCGUGGCCAUGCAAUCAACCAGGAGAGCCUGGUUCAGUGCCACGGACCGGCCAUCAUUGGAGCCCUGCUGCAGAAGGUCUCCAGCCAAGCCAUGGACAUGAAUGUCUUGAUGGCCUCUCAGGUCCUGAUGGAGCAAGUGGCCUUGGAAGGAAACAGCCUUCUGCAGCACCUCCUGUACCAAUACCUGCUCUUCGACUUCCGCAUCUGGAGCAACUGCGACUUCGCCGUCCGACUGGGCCACAUCCAGUACCUGUCCAACAUAAUUAAGGACCACAAACAAAGGAUCCGCAGGAAAUACGGGGUCCAGUAUAUCCUAGACUCCAUCCGGACCUAUUAUGGGAUGUGUAAAGAGAAACCUGUGGCCACCGACGACAUCCGGACGGUGCAGACGUCCCUCUUCAGCCUGGUGAAGGACUUCCUCUGCAGGAACUUCUCCGCCGAGGAGAUGCAGAGCACCUUCAACUACUUGGCCGCCGUGAAUGAGGAGCAUCAGGUGUGUGGGAUGCUGGAGGUCAUCCACAGCCUGCAGAAGAACUCCCCAUCCCAGGAACAGAUCUACGCUUUCCUCUUUGAGCCAGGAAACGUGGAGAUCCUGUUCUCGCUGCUCGUCCAGCGGAAAUUCUCCGACGAAGUGCGGGAGAGGAUUUUCAAGAUCCUAUACAAGCUUCUGAAGUACGAGAAGGCCAACGAACGGAGCAAAUACCGUCUAAGGCUGAAGGACAUUGGCUACCAAGGCCUGCUCUCCUCCCUGAAUGACAUUCCCGUCUCUAUGCUCCUCUUCCGGUGUCUCCUUGAGCAGGUCCUUGCAUCAGAUUCCCCAAACUACAAGGACUUGAUGGCUGUUGUUUACCUGUCUCACCGGGCCGAGCUGGCCGUCCGGCUAGACAUCUGCAGGAAGCUCUUCCACCUGAUUUAUGCCCAACACGACAUGGUCAAGCACUUGGCCAAACUGGCCGGAUGGCAAGACACCCUCACCAAGCUGUACGUCAAGGAGUCCUACGAGUCCCGCCAGCACAGCUUGUCUGGCUCGGCCAAUGGCAAUGGUUGUCUUGACCUCUUGAAAAUCGCGGACCAUCCAGAGGCGGCGAAGGAGUUGACCGACCCUACGGCCCCUUCGCAUGCCGAGCCGCCCGAAAUGGACGUCUUCCUCCCGUUGAGCUACGAGGCUUCAGACCCAGAGUUCUCUGAAGGGUUCUCAGACCACUCCAUCUCCCCACAGAGGAGCAAACCCUUCCCGCCGUAUGCCUUCAAGCCCUUUGACUCCUUUGACCUGGCCAGCCAUUCCUCCUCCUCCAACAACACGGACGGCCCCGGGCAGGGGGAGCCCCGCGGCAUGGAAGCGGUUCAGGUGGACCGCGUCUACCACCCGCUCUCCCCGUUCUCCAUGUCCCCCUUCGACCUGGGCUUGGACGUUGGCAGCACCAGCUCUGCCGCCACGGUCGAGAGCGGGAGCCAGACCCCCGUGAGCCUUCCGGGGACGCCCUCCCCCUUAGAAAGCUUCAAGCCCUUCCCUGGGACGCGGGCACGGAAGAGCUCCAGUCUCUCUAAUGUCUUGGACGAGACCAUCUACCAGGAGGCGCUGCCCAGCGAUAACGUCUCCAACACAAGCAACCCUCAGCAAACCCCCGAGGAGGAGCUUUGCAACCUACUCACCAACAUCAUCUUCUCCGUCACGUGGCGCGGCGUGGAAGGCUGGGAUGACGCGGCCUGGAAGGAGCGAGGACAGGUCUUCUCCGUCCUCACCAAGCUGGGAUCCGCCUGUGAACUGGUGCGCCCACCGGACGAGGUCAAGCGCAGCCUUUUGGAGAUGAUGAUGGAGUCGGCGUUGACGGACAUCAAAGAGUCCACGGCGGCCAUGCUGCCCAGCUUGACCCAGAAUGCGCUGAAGCUCCUGCGCCUCCUCCAGGACUUCCUCUUCUCCGAGGGUCACAACAACCAGGCCUUGUGGAGCGAGAAGGUUUACGAGGGCGUCAACAGCCUGCUGGACAAACUGGGGGUCUGGUACCACUUGGCCAACGGCACUUCUGAUUUGAAAGAGAUGGCCCAGAUCGGCCUGCGGGUUCUCAUGGGGUACAUCAUGCUGGAGGAUGUGCAGCUGCAGUCCCUGGCCUACGUGAAGCUGCACAGCCUCCUGCAGACGGCCUCGGCCCCCAAGAAGGAGGAGGCCUGCUACCUGCUGGGCAAGCUGGAGACCCCUCUCCAGCGCUCGCUGCACAGCAAGUCGGAGACCUUCUCCUGGCUGGUGCCGGUGGUGCGCACCUUGAUGGACCAGUGCUACGACACCCUGCAGCUGCAGCAUGUCCUCCCCUCGCUGCCCCCCACCAACGGCAGCCCCACCUUCUACGAGGACUUCCAGGCCUUUUGCGCCACCCCCGAGUGGACCGCCUUCGUCGAGAGGCACGUGCAGCCCACCAUGGCCCAGUUCGAAAUUGACACCUUUGCCAAGAGCCACGACCACAUGUCCAACUUCUGGAACUCCUGCUACGAUGCCUUGAUGAGCAGCUCCCAGCGGAGGGAGAAGGAGAAGGCCGAGAGCAGGAGGAAGUUCCAGGAACUCGUUCUGGAGCCGGUGAUGAAGCGGGCCAAGUACGAGAACAUGCGGCACACCAACAUGCUGAAGCAGGUCAACAACCAUCACAACACGGUCCUGAAGCAGUGGAAGGCCCUGCGGCGCUUGCUCACCUCCCAGCGCUCGGCCUGGGCCGAUCGAAAUCCUCCCGAGAUGCAUUGGAAGCUGUCAAGUGCAGAGACCUACUCUCGAAUGCGGCUGAAGCUGGUCCCCAAUUACAAUUUCGACCGACACGCGGAGGCCAGCGCUCUUCGAGACAAUCUGGGCGCUGACCACUUGCACAACCUGGCCGAAUCCCUUCCUUUAGCCGUGGCCAAGGAGGCCAAGGUCAGCGAGAUGCAGGAUGACCAGCUGGCCGAAGAGGACCUGUCUUUCCUGGACAGCCACGUGGAGCCCAAGGAGCAAAGCCAAAGGGAGAAGCUGGUCAUCUCGGAGGAUUGUGAGCUCAUCACCACCGUGGCCGUCAUCCCGGGGCGUUUGGAGGUGACCACGCAGCACAUCUACUUCUAUGACGGCAGCAGCGAGAAGGACGAGACCGAGGAAGGAAUCGGGUACGACUUCAAGCGUCCUUUAGCGCAACUCCGGGAAUUGCACCUCCGCCGCUACAAUCUUCGCCGAUCCGCACUAGAAUUCUUCUUCAUCGACCAGGCAAACUACUUCCUCAACUUCAAGAAGAUGGUGAGGAACAAGGUGUACUCCUCCAUCCUCAGCCUCCGGCCGCCGAACCAGAUUUAUUUCGGAAGCCGUUCCCCGCAGGAGCUGCUCAAGGCAUCUGGAUUGACUCAGAAAUGGGUUUACAGGGAAAUCUCCAACUUCGAAUACCUCAUGCAGCUGAACACCAUUGCCGGGCGAACCUACAACGACCUCUCCCAGUAUCCCGUGUUUCCAUGGAUCCUGCAAGAUUAUGCCUCGGAGACCCUGGACCUUAGCAACCCAUCCGUCUUCCGAGACCUUUCCAAGCCCAUUGGUGUGGCCAAUGAAAAACACGCCAAGGACGUGAAGGAAAAGUACGAGAGCUUUGAGGACCCCACUGGGAUGAUUGACAAGUUCCACUACGGCACCCACUACUCCAACGCCGCGGGCGUCAUGCACUACCUCAUCCGGACAGAGCCCUUCACCACCUUGCACAUCCAGCUGCAGAGUGGAAGGUUUGACUGCUCUGACCGCCAGUUUCAUUCCAUCCCGGCCGCUUGGCAAGUCCGAAUGGAAAACCCUGUUGACGUGAAGGAGUUGAUUCCGGAAUUCUUCUACUUUACAGACUUCCUGGAAAACCAGAAUGGCUUUGACCUGGGCUCCCUCCAGAUCUCCAACGAAAAGGUGAGGGACGUCAUCCUUCCCCGGUGGGCCGAGUCCCCAGAAGACUUUAUCCACAAACACAGAAAAGCCCUGGAAUCGGAGUAUGUCUCUGCCCAUUUACAUGAGUGGAUCGACUUAAUCUUUGGGUACAAGCAAAGGGGCCCCGCAGCUGUGGAAGCAUUGAACGUCUUCUAUUAUUGCACCUAUGAAGGAGCCGUUGACUUGGACGCCAUCGCUGACGAAACCCAACGGAAGGCUUUGGAAGGCAUCAUCAGCAACUUUGGGCAAACCCCAUGCCAGCUGCUGAAGGAACCUCACCCGGCCAGGCUUUCGGCUGAAAAUGCCGCCCGGAGACUCUCUCGGCUGGACACCUUUUCCCCCAACAUUUUCGAGAACCUCGGAGAACUGAAAUCCUUCUUUGUGGAAGGCAUCAGCGAUGGCAUCCCCCUGGUGCAAGCGGUGGUCCCCAAGAACCAAGCCCAUUCCUUCAUGACUCAGGGGUCUCCUGACGUUCUGGUCACUGUAAGUGCCAAUGGGCUGCUGGGAACCCAUGGCUGGCUGCCUUACGACAAAAACAUCUCCAACUAUUUCAGCUUCACCAAAGACUCCACCGUCUCCAAUGCAAAGACGCAGCGCUACCUGUACGGCCCCUUUGCGCCAGGUGUGGAGGUCUCCGCCAAGACCCUGGCCGUCUCCCACGAUGGGAAGCUCCUCUUCAGUGGUGGACAUUGGGACAACAGCCUGCGGGUCACGUCUCUGAGUAAAGGGAAGGUUGUGGGGCACAUCCACCGGCACAUAGACGUCAUCACUUGCCUGGCCUUAGAUCUGUGCGGAAUCUACCUCAUUUCCGGGUCGCGGGACACCACUUGCAUGGUGUGGCAGGUCCUGCAGCAGGGAGGCUUCUCCAUCGGUCUGGCGGCCAAGCCCAUCCAGGUCCUCUACGGACACGACGCGGAGGUCACCUGUGUCGCCAUCAGCACUGAACUGGACAUGGCCGUGUCGGGGUCAAAGGACGGCACCAUCAUCGUGCACACGAUCCGGAGGGGCCAGUUCAUGAAGUCCUUCCGCCCGCCAUGCAAGAGCGCCCUGCCGGCCAGCGUGGCCAACCUUGCCGUGGGGCACGAGGGGCAGGUGGUGGUACAGACCACCGUGGAGGGCAGGGCUUCCCUGAAGGACAAGUUUGCCUUGCACCUUUACUCCGUCAAUGGCAAGCACCUCUCCUCCGUUUCCCUGGACGAGGAGGUCAGCGCAAUGUGCGUCACGGAAGAGUUUGUGGUGCUGGGCACCAUUCAGUGUUCGCUGCAGAUCCGGGAUCUCCAGAGCCUCCGUCCCGCCGUCUCCCCUUUGGCCAUGAAGGUGCCCGUCCACAGCGUCUCGGUGACGAAGGAGAAGAGCCACAUCUUGGUCGGCCUGCAGGACGGGAAGCUGAUCGUGGUCGGGGCCGGGCAGCCCUCCGAGGUGCGGACGGGGCAGUUCCACCGGCGCCUGUGGCGCUCCACGCGGCGCAUCUCCCAAGUGUCCUCUGGCGAGACGGAAUACAACCCGGCCGAGUCCAAAUAACCCACUUGGUUCGGUUCCCGAUCCAUCCCUGUUGCCUUGCAGCCUCGUCUGCCGUCGAUGGCACGUGGCCCGCCUCGCAGGGGGAGCCUCCGUCCCUCUGGAGAUAUUUGCGUCUUCCUCGCGACGCUCCAGACUUCUUCCUCGAGGACUCCUUCCUCUAUGCACAAGGAGAAGCGGCCUCCCGACAAAUCAGGAGCGGAUCAGUCCAGCUUUUUUUCCCCCCUUCUCCCGUUCCCCAAUUUUUAUGACUAUUGUUAUAUAUAUUAUUAAUAUUAUUAUUAUUAUCUGAUUCCUGUGGAGCUUGAAGCGGCAAAUGUUUGUAUUAGUCGUCUUACACUGGAAAGACAGAGAAAGAGAGGACUUUUUGCGGAGGGGAUGCGAAGGCGAGUAGGUUUUUGUACAUAUCAACUUGGGCCCUCCAGGUGUUUUGGACUCCAACUCCCACCAUUCCUAACAGCCUACCGGCUGUUAGGAAUGGUGGGAGUUGGAGUCCAAAACACCUGGAGGGCUGAAGUUGGCCCAUGCCUGCAAUAGACGCACCAGCCUCAUCACAACGGCCUUAAGCGCAAUCUCUGUUGCACUACGCCGGGAAAAAAAUCUGCACCAAAAUACAAGGACUAUUGCUGCUUCCAUUUUUCUGGAUCGGAAGAGAUUUGUUACCUGGUCCUGCGAGAAAGCUCCACCUUCUUGAGAGAGGAUGGUCUCCACUCGAUAGUGAUGAGUGGGUGGUCCUUAGUAAACAUACGAGGAUGUUAUCCCUUCCCACAAAGACACAUUGCCUUUUGGAAAAACAAUGGACCAGUUAGUUCUCAGAGGAGCCGAAGCACAUUGGUGUGCCUCUGGAUCAUCCUCCGUAGAUGUCUUCAGCAGCAAUAAGUCCCAGCUUUGUGUCUUUACCCAUUCAAGAGAUGGACCAGUUAGCGCUUAGAGGAGCCGAAGCACAUUGUUGUGCCUCUGGAUCAUCCUCCGUAGACGUCUUCGGCAGCAAUAAGUCCUAGCUUUGUGUCUUUACCCAUCCAAGAG